AUGCCUCGAACAUACCCUUCCUUUCCACGAUCCUACCCCGAAAUCCCCCGACUUGAGCCUCACUCCAUUGCAUCCGAGGAUAUGUUUGCAACGGCAAAAUUCAUCAAUGAAAAGCUUUCUCUUCUCAACCACGUCGAAGAGCACCGUACAAGCAUUAUUUCAUCGGGCCAGCAAUGGGGCAGGAGAUCGUCGGAGAAGAUGGAGAGACGCAUAUGGGUUCAGAUUUGUCCUUUCGUGCUUCUGGGCUCGUACUAUGUAUUCGAAACCGUCAGCGCCUUCGAAAGGGUCAUUCCUUCCAGUCAGCAUCAAGAACAGUUUGCCAAAAAGCACAGGGAACUGAUUGAUUUCUACAAGAAGUGGCGUUUUGAUUCAGUGUCUGUCGAAACCUUGGCCCACUAUACCCACGAUCGCAGCAGCCCUUCCCAGAGGGCACCGUCCAAAUACACAGAGAUGCGAGCCUGCAACAGCUUGAACUGUUACAAAAACUUGAGGGACGUCGACAAGUUCAACCGUCCGGAGAAAUACAUGACAUACGUCAUGGAGGCUGAAAAGGAAUGGCAAAUGAUCAAAAGGGAGAAGGGGCGUCUGGAUGCGUUAGGAGAUACCUAUGCGGAGCUGUGGUGGUCAACGGACUGGAUCGACCAGCACCUCCGGUUCCUGGAUCAGGCAAAGAUCAAACUUGCACCUCGAGAGCAGAAAGAAGAUGCAGAUGAAGCCACCAGCGGUUAG